UAUCAAUCACAGACUUAAUAUCGUUUGAUCUGGUGGCUUCGAAACAAAAGUUGUCCGGAAUGAGAAAAAGUUUUCACCAGAGAAUAGUUCUCUGGUUCCCUGCAGCGAUUGGCCAGUCUGCAAUGUACGGGAUCGGCUUUCAUCUGGGUGAAAGAAAGUCAUUCCUGGACUUCAGCGCUGAGCUUUAAACCGAGAGCGAUCGUUGAAAGGCUCUCACUCGUUAAACGCGUUUAAUAAAAGCAUAAAACACAAAACAAGUGGAGAUGGUCUUCGGGUGAAUGGGAAGGAACAUAACAUAGUUACGGAUUAUAAUCGUGGAUGAACUGGUGUUGUCUAAAUGCGUCUCCUCGUCAAUCAUCAGAACACAAUGUCCAGCUAUUCUAGCAACUUUCUGCUAGUUCCUAUCCCGGAGUAUCCAGUGUUGGACUGCGUACCCAACAAAAAUGUCAAGAUUGUUGUUUUGGGUGCAAGCAGUGUUGGAAAAACAGCUCUAAUUGUGAGAUUUCUUACCAAAAGAUUCAUAGGAGACUAUGAAGCAAAUACCGGAGCCCUGUAUUCAAGAAAAAUCAACAUAGAUGGAGAGCAGGUGUCUUUACAAGUGCAAGACACUCCCUGUGUCUCACUUCAGGAGGAUACCGAAGUCCUCAGUUGCCAGGAACAAAUCAACCGCGCCAUCUACUGGGCUGACGGCUACGUCUUCGUCUACUCCAUCACGGACCACCGCAGCUACAGAACAAUCAAACCACUCUACCAGCACGUACGCAAGAUCCACCCCAGCGGCAACAUACCCAUCAUCUUAGUGGGCAACAAAACAGACCUGCUGCGGGCACGGCAAGUGGCCACCAACGAGGGGGCCCGGCUAGCCAACGAACUGGGGGGCGCGCACUUCGAGGCGUCUGCCAGGGAGAACUACGACGGCGUGUCGGACGCUUUCCAUCACAUGUGCCUGGAGGUGAGUCGGGCUAUUGGUAGCAGCAAUGGAGAGAAGAGGAGAGGGCUGCACCUGGUCAGGCCCAAAUCACCCAACAUGCAGGAUCUUAAAAGACGCUUCAAGCAAGUCCUGUCCUCCAAAGCGAAAUCGUCCAACACCUCACUUUGACCAACGCUUCCCUCUUCUAGGAGCUACAACUCAUAGAGCACUUUUUGAAGAUUUGAUGGAUUUUUGGAUGUAGGGGCCGUAAUGGAGUAAUCAAAUACAUUGCCAUUUGGAAUCACCUACCAUGGAUAUUGGGUAACCAUUGUUGCCAAGGAUUGUUUCAUGGUCACUCAUAGCAAAGACUGGUUGUGAAACUAAUUGGUCUGGCGAUGCAAAUGCAUAUGAUUUCUCUGUGGUGCCAUAUACCAUAUAUAUGGCCUGGAAAUGGUAGACUGUGUUGAACAAUGAACGAAACAUGUUUUGAAAAGGAUACAAAUAUCUGGUUAUUUUCUGAGGUACUGCUGCAUUGGCUUUUAAGUGCAUGCAAACCGAGUAGUGAAUGUGCUCACAAAUUUGAACUGUUUUGAAUGUCAGAAGUCUAUUAAAGCCUCACAUUUCUAGUUUAAAAAAGGCAGAUUGGAUGAUGGUGCACUUUAUUUCAUGGACUGAUGAAUUCUGUUUCCGUGUAAAAAACGUUGUUUUCCAUACUUUCCAUAAGCUGUUAAGCAGCGGCUUUAACUGAACCUAAGGUUUACUGAAUUAAAUAAUUUUGUUGAAAAGCAGAACUUUGCCUGUGUUUUUAUAGAAAUAUAUUUGGAAUUAUUAUCUGUGAUUCAAUAGCAUGAAUAAUAAAUUACCAACAGGGAUGCUUGGAAUCCGUGUGAUGUGGAAUAAAUGACAGUUUGUAGUUAGAGG